UUUGGACUCUGUGCCAGGCCUGCGUGGGUGUUUAUGGCAGUUUUCAGGACAAGUGGAAGCGGAAACGUUGACAUUUGAUUCCCCAGCCAAUCCGAAUCUCAUUGUGUGGGCCUGGUCUGACAAAGGAGGUGGACUACAGUAUAUAUUAACCUCGAAUUGGGGGAGAGAAACAGAACAAGCCAUCGAGGGAAAGCUAAGAAGAGCAAGCGAUCAAGAAAGCAACUUGUCUACAGACAGAAACUAACUACAAGUCAUCAUGAAGACUCUGGCUCUCCUCUCCAUCUGUGCUCUCCUGUCAGUGUGCUGGUCCAUGGGCGCUGUUGAACCAGAGGUUGUCGUGGACCCUGCUGCCGACACAGCUGAUGAAGCUGCACCUGCUGACCCCGCGGCUGCCGACACCGCGGCUGCCGACCACGAUUCAUCCUCCUCAUCGAGCUCUUCUUCCGAGUCCGAGUCCGACUCAGCCUCAACCUCUGCAUCUGACUCUAACUCUUCCUCAGACUCUUCAGGAUCUGAUUCUAACUCCAGCUCCGACUCGUCCUCGUCCUCCUCCUCUUCCUCUGAAUCUUCUGCAUCUUCUUCCUCCGAAUCCGACUCCUCCGCUUCUUCCUCUUCUUCUUCAUCCUCCUCGUCGUCAUCGGAGUCAGCCAGCGCUGAGGCUGCUCAGGUGGUUAUGAAGAGAGACCUGGCUGCCGUUCUCCUGAGGAGAAGAAGAGCUGCCCCAGCAGGAGGCCUCACCCUUGUGCAGCUGGAAAGCCUGAGAGAGGUGUGCGAGCUGAACGUCGCCUGUGACGAGAUGGCUGACACUGCAGGCAUCGUCGCCGCGUACAUCGCAUACUAUGGACCCAUCCCCUUCUAAGCUAAAGACUCCUCUUUCAUCCACAUGUGAACCGUUUUCUCUCUCAUUUUGUAAUAAAACGGUGCAACAACUCCCCUGAAUCCAGACAAGGAGCAAAAAAAAGGGUUUGGCCUAUGUUAUGAUGCUAGAUGGAGAUUUAUUUUUUUUUGGCACAAAUCCUUGCAUAAGUGACCAGCUUUAGUGGUCCUGUAUGAAAAGGCCUCCUCCAGGCAUUCAGAGAGAGGCACAUGGAAACACAAGCCUGUGAAGUAUGUAGUAGCCCACACAAGAUUAAAUUAUUCUUCAUUUCUAUAAUAUAAUACAAUGAAUGGUGCUACAAGUGCAGAUGUGUUUUAUGUUAAUGUAUUGAUGUUUUUAUAUCGUGCUUUAGUCUUUCUUUAACUAGAAGCAGUAGUUCUAGUAUGUAGUGGAUGCAGUAAUGAGGUACUGUAGUUUUAGUAGUAGUGUAUUGAUAGUGGUAGUGUGCAGUGUGUGUAAGAUGCACAUCAGUUAUUUGUAAUUACUGUAACCACAAAUUGCCUCUGGGUUUGGAAAUAAUAAAUUAUUUUGUUUUGUCGAA